CUUCAAGUACUCCAAAGCGAGGCUGAUUUUGUCAAAACGUGAAAAUGGCAUCUCAAACAAAUUCCGCGAAAAAGGGCAAAGACAUGAAAGAAAAGACCCUUACAAAAGAAGAAAUCGUUUCAGAAUUCAAUGAACUAAGGCAGCAACAACGAAGUAUUGCCACAAAGAUUUCAGAAUUAGAAAUGGACUGUAAAGAACACGAAUUGGUUGUUGCUGCCCUGAAACAUGUUGACCCCGAAAGAAAAUGUUUUAGAAUGGUGGGAGGCGUCCUCGUUGAAAGAACAGUGAAAGACGUAUUACCUGCUUUAGAAAAUAAUAAAGAUCAGUUAGGAAAAGUAAUCGAAGGACUUACGAAACAGCUGGAGACCCAAGGAGAGGAAUUGAAUGAGUUCAGGGAAAAGCACAAUAUUCGAAUCAGAGGGGAGGAGGAUGAGGGUGCGAAGAAAGACGAGAAAAAGCAAUCCGCGCAGGGCGUACUAGUGUCUUAGCUGUUGGGACUUUUCAUUAUUGUAUUUAUACACCUGAAAGUAUGGUUUCCCUCUAGCAGUGUCAAGCGAUUAAGUGUGGUAAGGGCUCACACUUCUUUGGAACUUCAUGAUAAUAAUAAUAAUAAAGUUAAAUUUAUAAAGCGCUGUUUCCAUUUGAAAAUGUUCAAAAGCGCUCCCCACUAUAGUUGACAGUCAUUAGUUGCGUGAGAAAUGUUUUCUGAAAAGCUCAGUUUUUAGAGCCUUCCUGAACUUGUUCAGAGUGUCCUCCUGGCGUAGGCCUUGGCCGAGAGAGUUCCAAGCCAAUGCGGCCGCUGAGCUGAAAGCUCUCCCGCCAAAACUCGAGCUUUGGAACCGUGGGGUGACGAGAAGGUUCUUGUCCGCAGAUCUAAGUGCACGCUUUGGUGCGUACGGCACUAACAGUUCCUCCAGAUAUUUCGGGGCCAGUUGGCGAUAACAUUUGUAGACAACUGUUAGGAUUUUAAACUCAAUCCGCGCUCGUAUGGGUAACCAGUGCAGGUCUCGAUACAUGAUGAAAUCGUUCCAUUACGGUUUUGCCCCUUCUCUUGAAACAAAAACAAUAGUACCCUACAACUUUGCACUAGCAUUGUCAAUUUGGGCCUCGAUCAUGACCAUGAGAUUUAUUCUUAUUCUCAAACCAAAAGAAACAACAAACUCGAAGGCGUGCCGGCGUAACCAGUUGCAUCUUGCCAAAUCCAUACCAUACCAUGGUUGUGACGUUACUUGCUGGCGCUGUCAGUGGGUUGUGGUGAUCGUCCGACCGAGUGACGUCUUCGACUUCAUUUGAUAAUAUCAACACACUAGUGGCUCAUGACGUCAUCAGCUGUUGGCAUUGUCGUCACGUUGUUUGGACGGGCCAUCAACGGGGACAACUCGAAAGUCCUUUGAGCAAAUCGGUCAAAAUUGUGAAUUAUUUUUCUCGAAUGUGUAAGAAUAGAGAUGAUCAAAUCGGCAGACUUGGGAGAUUAAUUCAGACACUGUUAUGAAGGAUUUAAAGUGCCCUUUGUCUUGUUUGUGAGAAAUUGCCAUGGCUGGAUGGAAACCAUAUUUCAAUAGUAUUGGAGGUUGCUUGCAUUGUACAAUUGAUUGGACACUUGCAUUUAAAAUGUGCGCUGGCCAUUAUAUUCCUGCUUCCUAGCACCGGCUGUUUCUGUACAGGGUGCUGUCUCUGGAGAUAUUCUGAGCAGACAGCAGUAAUGCAUGUAGUUACUUAUUUCUUGGACUGAUGGCGCAGUCAGAAAAUCAACUUUCUUCCUGAAGAGGAAUAGUUUUUGGUGGAUUAAAAUUUUGUGGAAAUGAUCGAUAACUUUCAUUUCAUCUUGAGUACUCGUUUCCUGCAAACUUUUUGCCAACGGGAUGGCCCAACAAAUCUGCUGUGGGCGCAGUCACUUAUGUACCUUUUCCGAACUCAUUGCGGUGGUCUAUUUAUGUACCAGAGAAAUUAGACAAAACAUCAAAACUGCGAAGCCAGCCUGGUCCGCAAGCCCCAGGUUUUAUUUACAUACCACGACAGUGAUAGUGUGGUCAGGAUCCCAGACUACGGCAAAAGCGUCUUGUGUGAUGGUAACACAUCGGGCUGUUGAGUUGUCAUGACAAUGAUCACAUGGGUCUUGAAAAGGUACACAACUCACUGUGCAAAAGUUCUCUCUCUCUCAUUAGAAAUUCUGCUGCAGUCCCAUGAAAUGAAUGUAAGCUUUGGUCCCCUUUAACUGUUAAUCUCGUUUUCUUGUAGGAACCACCUCAACAGUGCUACUGUAUAUUUUUGAGUUUUCUAGUUUUUUCACUGAAGAGAAUCGGAGACGAUUCUCGCUCCAAGAAAAUUUAGUUUGUUUCUUAUCGAAAGAAGAUUUUAUUAUGACUGUUUUGUAUAAAACAAUACAAUAAAAUUAUCAUAUCAUUUA